AUGGUCCCAAUGCCACAUGUAGCGCCCUCCAAAGCUGUCGAGCAACUCAACAUGGACAAAUACGGGCUCAAGGGACUGCUACCGGUGAUAAAGCAUGAGAAACAGUACGAUGCAUUCAUGACCCUCGGGGUGGAUGUCUCAUCGCUGCUACACUCCCUUCAGGUGUCGAGCAAGGACGGAUACAAUACGGCUCUGAGUAACGGGCACCACGCCCUCGAUACGUUCCCCUCGCCGUGGGUGGAGACGUCGCGCAGCGAGGUGGAGCCCAAGUUCUUCAUUCCUGAGUCCUUCUGCAACAUCGGCGGGGUUCUGGGACAGGCAUCUACAGACUUCACAAGUGUGGCACGCGACCACCCGCGGAUUUCGUUGCUGCAGGACGAGACGCUGUUCUACCUGUUCUACAAGCACCCUGGCACAGUUCUGCAGGAGCUGACGUACCUGGAGCUGCGCAAGCGGAAUUGGCGCUACCACAAGACGCUCAAGGUGUGGCUGACGAAGGACCCGCUAAUGGAGCCUAUCGUGUCGCAGGACUCCACCAGCGAGCGGGGCUCGUACGUGUUCUUCGACCCUCAGCGUUGGGAGAAGUGCCAGCGCGACUUCAUCCUCAACUACAGCGCGAUAAUGUAG